AUGGUCGAUCAUAGCUUUAUCAUAUUGUGUGAUUACCGGCUUGUUAGUUGCAAGGAGAAUAGAGGAGUACGAAAUUUUCAUAUUGCAGUACUGAACCCUGAGAUGUCUCGGAUUUCCUGUAAUAGAUGUGGUCAGUUGGUCGAUGAGAAAGCUAAAUACAUGGACUAUCAUGGUAUGAAAUGGCAUCCAGACUGUUUUAGCUGCCACAAGUGUGGUACUUCGUUAGAGCCUGAUAUCGAGGCUAACGAUUUUGUCAUUUUGGAAAGGACAGGUGCCCUUUUCUGUAGGCACUGUUCCAGUUACUGUCAUUUGUGUAAUGAAAAUAUUGAUGGUUCUGCAAUAGUACUGGGAUCCACUAACGAAAUCAUCUGCGAGAGCUGUUUCUGUUGCUCCAAAUGUAAGAAACCUAUACGGGACUUGAAAUAUACGAAGAGCAAGAAGGGUCUGUUCUGUAUUGAUUGUCAUAGAGUUCUGCUUGAGAAAAGAGAAAAUCUAUUGGCAAAACAAAAUAUGCUGGUUCCAGAGAGAUCUCCAAGCAGGCCAAACUCCAACAAUAGCAAUACCAGUAAGGAAAUGAUAGUCUCUGGGAGUUCAAAAAGUAGUUUGGAGCCUAACAAUGAUGAUGUAGGUCACAAGAGAAAUAUAUCGAUUGAUGAUAUGUUGAAAAAUACAUUAGAUGACGAUUUCAAGUUCUCUGAUGAUGAUGAUGAUGAUGAUACUGAUAGUUUGGCUGAAUCUAUUAGCAAUACACUUACCUUUACACCUAGCAUUGAAAUUUCCAGCCAAACGGUACCGGAACAUCGAUUUGUAAAGAGUCCUAUUAGUAGUCCUAUUUUGACCGCGACUGAAGAAAGACAAGGGCUGGCGUUAAAUUUACCAAAACUUAAUAAUAAUAAUUACUUCAAUCCAAUUUCCACUACCAUUAAUCUAUCCUCUAAUACAGCGGCCAACAAAACGCAGUCACCACCGAAGAAAUUGAGUAGAUCAUUUUCACUGAGAUCCAAAAAUAUUUUCAAAACGUUUAAAACGAGGAAUGAGACGACUGAUACCCAUUCUGGUUGGGGUGUGGGUAAUGCCCCCAAAUCGUCACAAUUCCAACCUAGGAGUAGAAUAAAAGGGCGUAGUGAUACUUUCCUUAUGACGACUCCGAAAAAGGAACAACUUGCAUCACCCUCACCAUCUAAAGUUGCCAUGUUUAGAACACCACCUCCAGAUAAUAGUGGAAGGUUUGACAAUAUCAGGCCGACUGUGGGGUACUCAGCGACAGAUUCUCGUGUUUCGAUGGAUCAUCAUAGAUCUAUCAGUCUACAGACUACAAGUUAUCGAUAUGAGACUGCUGUUGAGAAAGAGAUUAAAGAUGCUGAAUUAAGAUUACGUAAGUUGAAAUUAGAUUUAAUUAAUUUGGAGAAUAAUAAGGCGGCAUUGUUGAAUGAAAUUGAUGUAUUAACUACCAGUAAGAACAACUUAUUGAAAGAAGUUGAAUCGUUGAGAAAUGAUACCAAGAUACACAGUAGAUCCAAAUCUAUCUGGAAACUUUUCAAUGGUAGUACCAAUGGUGAUAAUUCAGGGAUGAAAUCACCGAAUUUAUCCUCUGGGAAUUCAAAUAGUGAUAAUUCCUCGUUGGGGGUAAUUGAGUACGAUAAAUUCUUUUUACUUGAAUUAGUCUAUAAAUGUAUGAAUUUUGUUGAAUCGCAAACUUUAUAUCUACAAAAGGAAGGAAUUUAUAGAAAAUCUGGGUCCACUUUACAGAUUGAAAAUGUGGAGAAAAAAUUAUUAAAUGGUGAAUCUUUUAAUGCUUUAGUCAACGAAAGUGUUAAAGAUGAAGAUUCAGAAUUUGUUCAUGUUAUAUGUGGUGUAAUGAAGAGAAUAUUAAGAUUAUUCAAGGAGCCAGUGAUUAAUUUUGAAAAUUAUGAAUUGUUGAUAGAAUUUGUCAGAAGAAAUAAUUUACUUAAAGAAUUACCACUGAGUGGUGGUGAAUCAUUGAAUGGACAAUUAUACGAAUAUUGUAUGAAUGAAAUAACAAGGAUUUUAAUGAAUUUACCGGUUGAAAAUUAUAAACUAUUGAAAAACUUGAAAUUGCAUGUCGAAAAAAUUGUUCAAUUUGAAAGAUACAAUAAGAUGAAUUUGCAUAAUCUUUCGUUAAUUUUUACGCCUACGAUAUUAUUGGAUUCUACGGGUAUUAAAGAGAUGGUUGAUCUGAACGAAAGAAAUUAUAUUGUUGAGUUUACAUUUGAAUAUAUAAAUUUUCAAUGA